ACCGUUUGAUCAUUGCUUACAAGAGGCUUUUAUUGUUUUUAAAUGGACUCAGUUGUACAGUAGCUGCAGAUAAGCAAGAGAGUGAUAAAAGCGCAGGGUUUCUACUAUCUGUUUGUAUUAGACUUUUGAAGGAUCAAGCCAUGUUGACUCCUCUUACAGGCUUUCAGACUCAGAUAGCUGCCAUCAUGGACACACUGAGUAAAACAGCAGUGUUAGAGAUCAGUAAACUAGUAGAAAUCGAGUGUAAAGUUUUGAUAUCGGAGUUAAACAGCAGUAAGCAGGAAGCAGAGUUUCUGAGGAAGAGACUGCAGCUGAUGGAGAAACACAUGCAGCUGAAUACCAUACACAACCAGGAGUUUAUAAACACUGCAUCUGCACCAGUACCAUCACUACAUGAUGCUGAAGUUUCACCCAGAACAGAGACUCGAUCAGCUGUUAAAAGAGAGACUGACCUGCAGCAGUUGGAUGGAUGUGAUGCAGCUUUAGCAGACACUCACGUGGCUGCUAAAAAGGAUCAACCUGACAGAGACAAGCUGCAUGACAGUCUACCACAGCAUCAACUGGAAAAACAGUCUACUGUAGUAAUUAUCAAACAGGAGCUGAAUGGAGUGGAUUCACUGAAUAGCAAAACAGCAAGGCAAAAUACACAGGAGCAAGCUUGUGUAACUGGCUCCACUACUGCUAAAGAAAUACCCAUCAAGCCUCGAAUGAAUAAACCUGCUGAUACAAGAACCCAAGCAGUGAAGAGCACUUCAGUUCAACCACUGGACAGAACCUCAUCUGGAAAGAAACUGGAUGCAUCCAAUGGACCUGCUGUACAAGUACAAUCAAGCUCAAACACCAAAAUAAGUUACAGUACUGCUGCACCUAAUCAUCUUUCACCAAAACCAGUUAAAAGUAGCACCAGCUCCAGAUUUCUGGGUGAAAAACGGUUUAUUUGCCCACUUUGUGGAAAAUGCUUUAAGUGUUCCAGUCAGCUAGAAAUACAUAAGCGGAGUCACACCGGGGAGAAACCGUACCGGUGCUCACUGUGUGGGAAGAGAUAUGCACAGAAGGGACAUCUGUACACCCACCAGCGCACACAUACUGGAGAGAAGCCAUAUCGCUGCGGCCUCUGCGGGAAAGGUUUUAUCCAGAAGUGUUCACUGGACAUGCACCAGCUCACCCACACUGGAGAAAAACCCUUCGUCUGUGUCAAAUGUGGCAAAGGGUUUACGAAAAAAUUCAAUCUGAACAAACACUUAGCUUUACAUUUUGAUCCCACUGGAAGUCUGCAUGUGGAUUCAGGUCUGUAUGAGCGUAACACCAGAUAACGGCUGGAAAAAAAAACCUAGACUUUGUGGUACUGACAUUUAUAAAUGGUUUACUUGCAGCCAAGUAAGAACAGGUAAAGGUAAAUGUAGUCAUUUCUGGAAUAAAAAAUGUGAGCCAUAAUUAACUGUGGUUAGGCAGUAAUCAUAAUUAGAAAAUGAAUUUUUAGAAAAGUUGAUUAGCAGGUCUACUGAGAUGUCAAACGUCAGCACAUAGGAUUUAUGUUGUUUGUACACAAGAUUUUUAAUUAAAUACAAAUAUGCCUCAAAAGGUCCAACUGUGUAUUAUUUGUUUGUGGUUCAUGAGAAGGUGGGUGAGGCCCACUAGGGGUCCCACUGUAUUAU